GUAUGUUGUGUUUACAUGUUGAAGGUGUAGAUUUGCGUGGUCCAAAUAAAAAAGUUAAUGUUGUUUCUAUACGUGUUGUCAAGUGUAUUGACAUUUACUUUUGACCGCGUGUUAAGCGUACCUCGAAGGUGUUUUGUUUGACAAUGUGCACUGUGGGUGAUGAAGAUGUGGGAGAGAAUUCUUACAUGCAGCCGCAGAGCAGAUCACCUGUCAGUAACAUCUGUAGAAAAUGUAAUGAAAAUCGUGCAGAGGUAGUUCUUCGAAAGAAACAUCCCUAUUGCAGACUCUGUUUUGUGCAAGCAGCAACUCAUAAAUUCAGAGCAACUCUUGGGAAAUCAAAGAUCAUUAGAGCAGGUGAUAAUGUAAUGAUAGCUUUUUCUGGCAGUGAAGCUUCAGCUGCACUUGUUCAUUUGGUAUCAGUUGGCUUAAAUGAAGGAAAUCACAAACGACUCUGUUUUAAUCCCAUUAUUUUGUAUGUCGAUGAGGGCUGCAUAUUAGGUCUGUCACGGGAUGAACGAAAAAAUAUAUCUGAUGCUAUCAGCAGAAGUUUGGAAACAUAUAGGUUACCUACAUAUAUGACUUCUUUGGAAGCAUUUUUUAAUACUCAAGAACUGAAUUGCUGUAAACUUGGCACAGAAAUGUCAAUUUCUGUUGAGAAUGAAGAAAGACUCCAUAAGUUGUUCAAUCAAGUAAAAAGUUUAACUUCAAGGGAAGAGCUUUUGAAAAUUUUAAGAUUUAAGAUACUCCGUAGAGCAGCAAAGUCUUUGAACUGCUCAAAAAUAUUCGUUGCAGAUACUGCAACAGGAUUAGCCACAACUUUAUUGACCAACGUGACGUUGGGGAGAGGUGUUCAUUUACCCCUUGAUGUUGGAUUUUGCGAUGAUACUGAUAACAAUCUCUUAAUACUUCGCCCCAUGCGUGAUUUCAUGAAGAAGGAAAUUAUCUUUUACAAUGUUUUCAACAAAGUCAGUGGAGUUCACAUACCAUCAAUUGUUACAAAGGUUAGCUCCAACCAGAGCAUUCAGAAGCUAACUGAAAAAUUUGUAAUGGAGCUUCAGCAGGAUUAUCCAUCUACUGCAUCUGUAGUGUUCCGUACUGGAGAAAAGCUUAGUAUGCCAAGGGACAUCAAGCUUUCAAAUGAGGCUUGUUCCCUCUGUGAGGCACCACUAGAUGACAGAAAUAUGAAAUCAUCUUCUCUUCAAGCUACUGAAUUUUCACGUCUAGCUUCCCAUCUAGGACCUUCUGGAUUCAGUGUUGACAGCAUUAUGAGUGACUCUUAUUCAGGGAAAAACAAUUUCCCAAGUGAAAUAAAAGAAGAAUGUCAGUCAGAAAGUGCCGAUAAAGUGGACUGCAGUUCAUUCACAGAUGGUUGUGAUUGUCAGCAUAAGUGUAGUCCUGACAUGAAAAUAUGUAUUUCUGAUGCUGAAAAAUGCUUUUGCUAUAGCUGUCGAAUUAUUUUGAAAGAACUAGGCUCUGUAGAGGUUCUACCACAAGAAGUCCAAACUAAGAUCCGAAAUCAGCUUAGUUUCAGAAAUAUGAGAAAGGAAAUUGCAGAUUUUUUAUUAUGACAUAGAGUUUUAUCAUAGCUUUUAUUCAUCUCUGUUAUACUUCUGUGAAUAAAACCAAGGCGCAAAGUCA